AACCCCGUAAGCCCCACCACUGGGCACGAUAGUUCCGGACGCCAGUUUGCAAUCGGUGUUGGGAAACGGGAUAUGAUGUUCAAGUAGUGGUCGUGGUGAUUCCAGCUCGUACCCGCCGUGUCCGCUCUUCUCGACCGACCGCGAGACCCCGAAACCGAUACGAUGGAUCCCUCUCUCUUGCCGCCAGACCCCUCAACUUUCCCGCCCGAGUACGUCAACGCGAGCAAUGCGGCCCGGAUCGUGGGGAUCGUGGGCUUUUUCCACUUCAUCGCCUUGACUUUCGUCUCCCUAAGGCUAUACGUCCGUCUGUUCAUGGUCAGGGCGUUCGGGGUCGACGAUGCGCUGAUUCUUGCGGCCUAUGCUCUCGCGCUCAUGUCAUGGAUCUGCUUGGUCCUCCAAAUACCUUACGGUCUGGGCCGCCACGGCCUGGUGGUACCAGUUGAGGAUCGGAUAAAGUUUGAGGAAAUUACUUUUUGGAAGACGGUCUUCUCGGACGGUUUUGCCAUGGGGUUGCUGAGAGUAUCCAUGGCUGUUAGUUUACUGCGGCUCAAAAAGGACUUGAAGUGGUAUCGGUGGUCGCUAUUUGCCAUCAUGGGUUUCGUCGUGGCGUACUCGAUCCAAGCGAUUGCCUGGUUAUUUGUUUACUGCACCCCCUUUUCGGGCUGGUGGGAGUUUCAAUGGAUGAACCCCUUUGACCCAAGGUGUCACGACUUCAACCUGUUUGUCAACCUCGUGUAUUGGAACAUCUCAUGCAACAUCUUCACCGAUGUGCUUCUGGGUGCUCUUCCCAUCCCCAUCAUCUGGACCCUCAAGAUGAAACUUCGCGUGCGGCUCUAUGUGAUUGGCAUUCUCAACCUGGGAUAUCUCGCUGUCUUGAUGGGCGUUCUCAAAGCGGUCUACAUGCUCACGACCGGCGGAGACCCCGACGCCAUCUUUGAUUACUGGGUUCAUUUCUGGCAGAAUCUCCAACUGAACAUCGGCAUCAUCGCCGCCUGCGCCUCGUUCCUCAAGCCCCUCGUCGGCCGCCUCCUCAAAAUCAACAGCUCGGUCGGCUACUCGUACCCGAGCACGCCGUACGGGCGCAGCGGGCGCACUCCCAUGGGCGUCGAGACGAUCGGCAGCAAGUACCCUAACCGGAGGCGGGCAGCGGACCAGAGCCACGAGGACGACUUCGAGCUGCGGACCAAGAAUAACGGCUCGCCGGUGGGGGAGACCCGGGUGGUGACGAGCGUCGAGGGCGCCCCGUCACGCAGGAACUCGCCGGACUACUCGGCCGAGAACGUGGCGCCGGACAACAACAGCGAGGAGAUCAUCCUGCAGAAGCAGGACACGGCUUAUGGGAUUAUGAUGACGAGGGACGUUAGUGUACGGUAUAGUAAUAAGGGAUGAUAGCAAUGAAUAUGGUGUACGGGUUAAAGGGCGGUCUGAUUGGAAUUUGGUGGGAUAAAUAUUGCAUAAUACCCAGGUCGAGAACACGGGACGGUACCUCCGGUAGUCAUGUCUACCUUGCUUUAGGCAGUUAGGUAGUUAUCCAUUCUUACCGAACUGCUCAUUUUCUCCCUUCAAGCUCAGGAUUAUCAAGAUUACAGUCAAGUGUCAAGGAAGCCCGAAACAAAGAACAACUUACUCCUCGGCCUCACAGGAAUUGGCAACUCCUCGAGCCAGACAC